UAAUCUCUCGGGGAUUGGCCCAUUCCUCCGCUUCCUCUUCCGGAGGGAGCCUAAAUCGCAACGAUGAUCGGUGAUAUCUUACUCUUCGGGACGUUGCUGAUGAACGCCGGAGCCGUGCUCAACUUCAAACUGAAAAGAAAGGACACCCAAGGGUUCGGGGAAGAGUCAAGGGAGCCGACCACGGGUGACAACAUCAGGGAGUUUUUGUUAAGUCUCAGAUACUUUCGAAUCUUCAUUGCCUUAUGGAAUGUUUUCAUGAUGUUUUGUAUGAUUGUGUUGUUUGGUUCUUGAAAGCUGCAGACCAAGAAAAGGAACGUAUCUUAUAGGAAACUGAUUCUCUGUACUUGACAACUUGGAAAUGUAUGCUUUUCCCUUAAUGCAAAAGAUGGGGGUCUUUUUUUUAAUGGAUGUUUCUGAAGCCACAGAUAGUUCUUUAAACAAAUUUGUAAAUUGAAAGGGAUCCUCAUUUCAUCUAACAUCUAAAUUUAACUGGCAUUGCCUCGCAUUCAAUAAAUAUCGUUACUAAUAUUUUUAGAGGGGUUAAGGCUGUUUUGAUCAUUUAUUUAGAAAAAACCUGGAUGUAUGGUCCAGACUGUUAACCCAAGCAAACUUUGCCUUCUGUCCAGCGCCCACCCCCGAGCUCUUUAUGGGAUAGUUUGUGCAUCUUUCAGGAUUUGAAUUGUAUUUUAAUAUGACCCUAUUUUUCUGGGGAAGAACACUGAUAUACAGAGGCUAUACUAUAGAAAUUAGGUACACCCAGUUCUAUAACUUGAGCGUUGCGUUCUUGCCAAACGUGACGCUGAGGAAAAGUCACUGUAGUGCUCACUGAUGCUGGGGUCGGGCACAAGCCGUGUCUUCUGGCACCACGGCCCACGGUAUCCAAAGAGGCUCACAUUGUUGAACAAACAUUCCCUAACAAUGUCCUAGCCAAAAUGCAGACUGAAAACAUGCAUUUAUGGCAGAACUGAAUGUACUGACUAGUUGGUUUAACAUAGCACUUGUUUAUAUAGCUUGCAUAAAUAAUGACUCAAAAUGUAACAUUUCUGGAUCGGCAAAUGACACUUAGACUAUUGCCGUCUCUGAAAGACAUUGUAAUCCUUCAGUUUCUGUCACUGAUUGGAAACAGACCCUCUUAUAAUUCUUUGCUAGUUUCUAAUGUAUAAAUUGCUAUAGGGAACAGGGAAUCUAUUAUUUCAGGCUAAUUUUGCUUUGAGAAGGUGAAUGAUCAAAGAAUGAUACCAUGGUCAAGUGGUACAAGAAAACACUCAGAUAUUAAAGGGAGCAGUUUUAGUGGUAAGUGCAGAGAAGACAUGGGUGGGGAAUGGCAAAAUUGGUUGUACCUUUUGAGUUCUGAUAUUUGGCAUAAAUCUUAGAUAUACAACCAGAAUAUAGUCAUCUUUAAUGUGUUUUUGAUCAUUUUGGGUUUUUCAAAUAAGCACUCAAAAUGUGUGGACUUCUGGGACUGCCUUUUAAAUAGGAAACAUAAGGUGAGUAUACUGACAUUAUUACACAAAAUGUCCUCAAUCUGGGGAUAUAAAAUAUGUAGUAAAGUAUUUAUUGAAUGCCCCCUGAGCGCAAUGCACCUGUAUUCAAUGUUUGGCGAGUGCAAACCAGAUAAGUUCCUUACCCACUUGGAACUUAGACUGUAAUGACCAAAAGCAUUGGUUUCCUGCAGAAAAAUGCAAAAUUUGAUGACAGUAUGUUCUUCAAACCUGGUAUUUUUUUUCCCAAGUCAUGUAAUGUAAACAUUCCUGGGGAAGGGGAAGACCUUGGGGAAAAAAAAAAAAGGCAACCCCACCAGUGGAAGAAAUAGUGGGGAACCAUUUGUAAAAAGUACCACCUGAGGCACUGAAAGCCCCCAGAUAGGUUUUUGAUUCCAUAUUUCUUAAAGUGGCAUUUGGGAAAAUCUCAAUUCAGCAUUAACAUAAUUGCAUUCCUUAAAGUUUUAUAGGGUAGCUUCAAAGCUUCCUUAGGAAGAAGGUGCAUAUUCAUUUUUCAGGCUGUUAAAAUUUUACAUUUUAGACUUUUCCCCUUUGUUUUUCUAGAUAGCUAAUAUAUCACUCUAUAAAUCAGCUUGAACUAAAGGCUGUUAUCUUCAAGUGACCAGUCAGCACUAAAGUCACAUUUAUUCUCUGGCUUUUUUUUUGUAACCCUUUCCUGCUAAAAAAUGAAUUUAAUUUGCCCAUUUAUAUCUUCUAUCUUGUCAAAUCAGCAACCACACCUGGGAGUACAAUCGCGUACUACUGAGUUAACAGACUUUGAUGAGGUACUGGUCUCAUUCACAUUUGAUGUAUUCUUGUAUAAUCAAACAGACCUGUAAUAUCUGUCUCCUGCUUACCAGCUGGGUAGUUUAAUAAAGCAUUGUAUUCAUCUGA